AUGGGCACGGCAGAGUCGGGAAUAUGCCCACGAGGACUCCUUCAACAAAGUGCAGGACGCGAACCUCCAGAGCUAGAACAGAAAUCUUUUCUUCUCAGUCAGGAACGAUCAAGCGAUGAAAUUCUUGAGGUCUCAUACACUCGUCUUGCAAAGCGGCGGUCAAAUUGGCGAAGGGCAAAAAUCGAUAUUCUCACUCAUUCUAUCCUCAUAGCAUUCUACACGAUCGUGACCAUUAGCAUUGUUCGUGCCCGGAGUAGAACAGAAAAACCGCCUCAUGGUGAGUGGAAACUACCGUCUAAUUGGCACCCUAGCCUAAGUGGCCAUCUAGCGGUCUUCGAUAAUCUUGAAACCAAAUACACACAGACUGUAUUCCAUCAUCUUGCGAAUAAUUCAUAUGCCGGUGAGCCGUCCCUGGAAUUGGAUGCUGCUUGGGACGCUCUUCUUUCCCCAAUGCAUAUGCGCGUCUCUGAAGAUGAAUUACGUCGUGACGAUCAGGAGUCUGUAAAGCUUCCUGAAGGUGGUGGAUACCUGAGUUGGAUGGGCGUGUUUCACGAAUUGCAUUGCAUAGUAAGUCAGUCUACGGGGAAAGUAUUCCAUCGAUUUGGUGAGUAA